CGAAGUAUGUCUCUUUUUAGAGAGAGAGAGAGAGAGAGAGAGAGAGAGAGAGCAUUCAUUAUUUGGGAUUAUUUGGUGUCAAUAAUAAUCCAACCGAACGCCUUCCUUUUUCAACUUUUUCUCAAGAAAACAGAAAGGGGGACAAAUUCUUGAAGGGUACAGAGGAACUCUUUGAGCGAUUUCCCAACAGUUCGUCAAAAAUCGAUCUUUGAAAAUGACUAAGAGCUAUUUCAAGCAAGAACAUGACUUUGCAAAGAGGCAUGCUGAGGCUGCAAGAAUUAGGGAGAAGUAUCCAGACAGAAUUCCGGUGAUUGUGGAGAAGGCUGAGAGAAGUGAUAUUCCUAAUAUCGACAAGAAAAAAUAUCUUGUUCCGGCUGACCUGACAGUGGGACAAUUUGUGUAUGUUAUCCGGAAGAGAAUUAAACUCAGUGCUGAGAAAGCUAUCUUCAUAUUUGUGGACAAUGUCCUUCCUCCUACAGGUGCGAUAAUGUCUACCAUCUAUGAUGAGAAGAAGGAUGAAGAUGGAUUUCUUUAUGUUACUUACAGUGGGGAAAACACAUUUGGGCUCCAUAUUCUUCACUAGCACAUGAUAUCAUUUUCAUCUCCUUUGUGUUGGAUUUCUGAAUCAUGACAUACGUUUAAAACUUCAGCAGUGGUAAAUGUACUGGCCGCGUUCUGUACAUAAAUCUCCUUCGAAAACUGGUAUAGUGCAUGACUAACGAAUCCCUUUCGUGCAAAAUAAAUUUGGGUAGAUGGCUUGACAAUUUCAUUAGAUGUCCCGAAUUCUUAUUUGUGGCACCACGUGCUAAGGACGUGUUUGAAAUGAAAUUAUAUCUCAUAAAUAGUACGAUUUUUCGAUCUUA